UGCACAACGUAUUGUGUGGCUUGUUUAUCGUCUUGCAGGAAAUCGUCUCGGCGAAAUUCUGAGUCAUACUCCAAGUCACCUUUCGUUUGCGUCGACUUCUUUCGAUAAGAUAAAAAAAAAAAGCACAUCUCAAGUCAUACAAACACACUAUAAAAACCACAAGGGCGUGGAUUCCUCAACUCAGUACUUUCCCAAGCAUCAACGCACCUGCAAUGGCUACUUCGAGGCAAAAAUUUCUUUUGGCAGCCGUGGGCCUUGCACUCGUAGUGGCUGGCAUCAGUGCCACGAGUUUGAGAGCGGGCGCUCGGAGGCCCGGGGAUCACCUAAUCUGCUCGUUCAAGGUGAACGUGCGUGCUCGGCUUGGAGCAGCGGUCAGUGAAAUCCGAAGAUGCAGCGUGCCGAAGUACAACCAAAACAUCACUCACGUGUCUGCCGUGGAUCUGGGAAAGGCAGGCCGGGGUGGCUACGCGCACAUCAAUGACGGCGGCGUGGGAAAGAAGAACGUCACCCUUUUCCUCUGGAGCCAAAAAAGUCAACCGCUCAACUUCACCGUCGAGGUUUACGCGUGGCCGUAACCAUAACGAGGGCUAUACGUGGGUUGUCGAAGCUUAAGACAACUUCACCACUACAUUUGUAAAUAUAAUGCGUUUGAAGGUGCGAUUGAUGCAUGUACGGGUUUUGAAAUGAAAAAUGUACGUUUUCUUGGAUACCAAAUAAUGGGCAGUCCGUUCGAUCUGUUAAUACAGGAAACAAUGUAUCUGGGAAUAAAUUCGAUACGUGUUUUGAGAUGGAACGAAAAUUAACUUUGUUUUUUGUUUUUAAUAUGAGUUGGAUGAACAUGAUACGAAUUUAUGGAUAAUAUACGUUACAGCAGUGUUAAUAAAGAAGGUGAAAUAUAAAUAACUUCUAAUUUAAUAUGUUCAUCCAAGUGGUACACAAUAUUAGU